AUGAGCGAUCUGACCUACACAAAAACGUUAAUCGACCAUCCAGGCCUGUUUUUGAUGGAUGAUGAAUAUCUUUACAGCUGCAACUUUAUCCCUGUCGGUAGUGCGCAGCAUUGGAAUAUAUAUAAUGGACUACGAUUCAGCACCAGUUGCAUUUUCUUUUACCCGGUUUGGAUAUCUGAAGGAUUGCAGCAUCCUAACGUCACGUACCACCCUAGGUAUCAGCGUAAAGGCUAUGAAGUGAUGUACGACCAUAACAACACGAUGGAAAUCAAACAUUGGAACUUCUUAUCGAAUCAAACAACGACACUCGAUGCUGAGAACAUCGCCGUUCCAGACGAUAUGCGGGACCUGUUUGGCUAUGAGCUGGUCAUGUUAUCGUGGGACAUUGACAUUGAGGUCCUGACAUUCGAUGGUUACUUCCUGGAAUUGAUCGCGAGCAGGAGAAAUGCCACUGCGAGCCAGCAAAAUAAGUUCACCGACCGCAUAUCGAUAUUUGUUGUCCGAAACGCUAAAGAUAUGGAAGGAUAUGCAAGGAGAUUUAUUAUACCCGGUCCAGGGAUCACUUACAUGGCCAUUGUAACGCAACGAGCUAAGGCCAAAUCCAUCAUUUCUGUUCUGGUGGAUCCUUUCGACCUGUACAUAUGGUCUAUAUAUGUUGUGCUGGUGCUCACAAUCGCAACAAGUGUUGCAUUGUUUGGAGAGCUUCUCGGGAGACAGCAUUUUGUCGAGAUAGUGCUUGAGCUGAUCAUGAUUUCCCUGGCGGGUCCUUCCAGAGCAUACGGAGGAUCGUUCGAGAAUCGGAUCAUUACCAUGUUCUGUCUGAUGGGAAUAGUGCUCGUAUCGUCCUACCAAUCGCUUGUGAUCUCCUUUAUGUCAUUCGCGCGCUAUCAUCCCGAGAUCAACACGCUGGCAGAUGUUGAACAGCGAUGCAUUUUGAGUGACACUGAGGCAGCACAUGAGCUCAACUUAAAAACGUAUAGAUUGAAUCAGUUUCCUCCGGUAGAGCAAAUAUGCUACAUUGAUUAUGUGCGCGAUAACGAGCAGCUUAGUAUAGCAAUUUACGAGAAGUUUAUCAACGAUGCGGAGCGUGUGCGUGCGAGAAUCGAAAAUAUGCGCCAUGCCAGGGUGAGGUUUUACGAAUAUCCAAUAUUUUAUUUACUAACCUUUAACUGCCGCGAAUUUCGGACGUUUGUUAAGUUCUACGCGCAAGCCAUCAUUGAAUCCGGCAUUUACGAGUUCUACUAUCGAAACAGGUCGCAAAGCAAGUGGCACUAUGCGCAAGAAACGUUUGUUAAUCGAACCGUGCGGCUGACGGAUUUGUCGUUGUUAUGGUAUGCGUAUGCUCUGGGAAGCACGAUUAGUUUGCUGUGUUUCAUGGCGGAGAAAAUGUUUCUUCAAUUAUCGCGCAGGUUUUAUCUAAGAGAGAUAGAGCGUUAG